UCCGGGGAAGGUAUUUGACGACGUACCCGGAACUGUUUCCAAGGUGUUCUCAGGUUCGGGUUGUGGCGCGGUAGCGGGUUCUGGGAGUCAAUGCAACCUGGGUCUUCCUAGGCUCGCGAGAGCUCUCCCUUUUCCUCCGGCUUUGGGGACCCAGCGGCACUGAUGGCUCCGGUGUCUGGUUCGCGCAGCCCAGAGAGGGAGGCCCUGGGCUCCAGGGGGAAGCGUCGCAGUUCCUCGAAGAGCCCCAAGUCCAGCAAAUCCGCCCGCUCCCCGCGGGGCCGCCGCUCUCGCUCGCACUCCUGCUCUCGGUCCGGGGAUCGGAAUGGCCUCAGCCAUCAGCCGAGUGGCUUCAGCCAAAGCUCCCGAAACCAGCCCUACCGCUCCCGCUCACGGUCACGCUCUCGAGAGCGGCCCUCUGCGACGCGGAACACCCCCUUCGCUUCUGCCUCCUCGUCCGCCUAUUAUGGCGGCUACUCACGCCCCUACGGGAGCGACAAACCAUGGCCUAGCCUCCUGGAUAAGGAGAGAGAGGAGAGUCUGCGGCAGAAGAGAUUAAGUGAGAGAGAGAGGAUUGGAGAAUUGGGAGCUCCUGAAGUAUGGGGACUUUCUCCAAAGAAUCCAGAACCAGACUCUGAUGAACAUACACCAGUAGAGGAUGAAGAGCCAAAGAAAAGCACCACUUCAGCUUCUACUUCAGAAGAAGAAAAGAAGAAGAAGAAGAAGUCUAGUCAUUCAAAAGAAAGGUCCAAGAAAAGGAGAAAGAAAAAAUCAUCUAAAAGAAAACACAAGAAGUAUUCUGACGAUAGUGACAGUGACUCUGAUUCCGAAACAGACUCCACUGACGAAGAUACAAAAAGGAGAGCAAAGAAAGCCAAGAAAAAGGAAAAGAAGAAGAAACGCAGAUCGAAGAAAUACAAGAAAAAGAAGUCUAAAAAGAGCAGAAAAGAUUCCAGUGAUUCAAGCUCUAAAGAUUCCCAAGAGGAGUUUCUGGACAAUCCCUGGAAGGAUCGAUCAAAGCCUGAAGAACCCUCAGAUUUAAUUGGCCCAGAGGCUCCAAAAACACUUGCCUCUCAAGACGAUAAACCUUUGAACUAUGGUCAUGCGCUGUUACCUGGUGAAGGUGCAGCUAUGGCUGAAUAUGUAAAAGCUGGAAAACGAAUCCCACGAAGAGGUGAAAUUGGCUUGACAAGUGAAGAAAUUGCAUCAUUUGAGUGCUCAGGUUAUGUAAUGAGUGGUAGCAGGCAUCGCCGAAUGGAGGCUGUGCGACUGCGAAAAGAGAACCAGAUCUAUAGUGCCGAUGAGAAGAGAGCUCUUGCAUCCUUUAACCAAGAAGAGAGACGAAAGAGAGAAAACAAGAUUCUGGCCAGUUUUCGAGAGAUGGUAUACAGAAAAACUAAAGGGAAAGAUGACAAAUAAGGAGUUUUGGAUUGUUCGGCAGACGUUUUUAACAACAUAAAAGAAAGUCUCGGUUCCAUAUAUACAUACAAAAAGAUUUUGAUCUGGAAAAGCUUUACAGUGCUACUGUGCCUUCUAUUUAAUUCUUUCAGUCCUUCAAUAUAACUUUAGCAAGUUCUUUGGGUUAUUUUGGAUUGACCAUAAAAUUUCCUGGUUUAAACAUCCAAAUUAUGAAUGAAAUCCUACUGUAUUGGGGGAGGUGACAUUGAGAGAAAGUGUCAGUGAGAUAAGAAACUUAACUCUCAUAUCAUGGGACAGUGCUGCUCUUAGCUCGACAUGACACACCCCCCAAAUGAACUUGUGGGAAAUUAUCAUUCCUCUAUAUUGGAUGUGUCAUAAAUGGACUUGAUAGAAACAUACAGGAGGCCAGUUUUGUUAACAAAAUGAAGGUAUUGCUGAAAAAAGCAAAUCUGGAAUUUGAAGAUUGACUUGUAGUAUACAAUAUAUAAUCUGCACCGGAAAUCAUGUAUUUCAGUUUUAUCUCCUACCUGUGCCCCAAAACCAACAAACCAAAAAGAAAAACUAUCCCACAGACUUGUUGAAUUGAAAUGUGAACAUGAGUUUUAAAAAUUCUUAAUAGGUUACUUAAAAAUGUGUUUUUUCGAAUUUAAACUAUUGGAAAGUCUGUUGUGCCAAUGUAAGUACAUUAUUUCCAUCUAAGCUGUGCUUAGAUCAUAAUUUUAAUACUAGAAAUGAAUGGGAGUCAACUGUGAUCAGGAGUUUAAUAGGGAAAAAUAUAAUGAAUCAUGUUUUAACUUACCUGUUUCAUGCGGAUGAAGCUAAAAUGAUAUUAAACAUUUUUGUCCGUCCUGUAUGUAAUAGGCAGAUUUUAUUAUAAACAUUGUUAAAGUUUUCAGUUUAUUUUUUACAUCUGUCAUUCAGUUUAAUCUUUAACUUUUUUAUGCCUACUAUUGACUUUUAAGUUUGGGAGAAAUGGAAUAUUCUGGGACUGUGAGAUCAUGAUCUUUUUCAUUUUGUUCAAUUUUAGUUGUUAGGUCACAAGAGUGAAAGGGGGAGGGGACAGUGGAAGUUCUGGUUGUCUUUGUUUUGAGCUGCAUUAUUAUUAUGUGCCUAGCAUAAAUUUUAAUUACCUGGGUUAUGGGGAAAUUCUGACUCUGCUGUUAUAAAAUGCCCUCUCCUCUCUACUUAUAAUAGUUUAAAGUGGGUUUUUUCAAAGUUUUAAAAUAAGGCAGUCAAAUUUUAAAGCAUAGAUCAGAAGUUUACUAUUUAGCACACGUUCUAGGAAAAUGUCUACCUUUAACUCAUAACUAAUGAACUAAACAGCCAGUUGACAUGUAACAGUUAGGACCCUUGAAUUUGAACUGAUUUCUAUGUAUUAUCAUUGCUGCCUAGCCUAAGAAAUCUAUUAUUCCUAAAAGUUAAAAGGAAACUAGGUCCCCAAUUUGUGAGUGUUAAUCCAUCUACUUCCCUGUGUAAUAAAACCUAAAUUUAUAAUCACCAUUUAAGAAUUUGCUCUCUAAGAAAAUUAUUGUUAUUGGCUCCUGGAGACUGAAUGAAUUUGUUCUCCUGUUUUCAGUAGGCAAGGUAAUUUAAAUGCAACGAUUUUGUGAUAUAUGAAUAUUGUUGAUUUUCAUUGGAUUUGCCUGUCUCCUCCACAGAGUAAAUACUCAACAAAUGCUUGUCAAGUAAAAAAAUAUAUAUAUUAAUUCAUUUCAUUCAUCAAUAAUUUUUCAGAAAAGAUCUGCCAAAGAACAGCUUCAGUAACAUAUUCUUUGGAAAAAGGAAGAAGAAUGAAAGAGCUUAAAGUAUUUUAUUUUCAGUACAUGAGAGUUACUGCUUCAAACUGUUUAAUUACGUGAGCCACAAGUCUAAUAGGAGGGUUAUUGUAUUUGAAAUGCUCUAUCUGUUAUUCUUCAAGGAGACUUACCUAGUUUCCUACCUCCUCGCCUAUUGCUCUAAGAUUUUUCCCCCUUUUAUUUAUUUAUUGCAUAAAUGUAACAGUUAAAAAAAGAAGAAAGAAAAAUUAUCCAUUGUCUUACCACAUCAAUUGUCUUUAGGAUUCUGUGUUCCCUUCCAGUGCUUGUCUAUGUGAAUAUGUAUUCUGAUGUACCAGUAAGUAAUCACUCAUAAUGUAAUUCUGUCUUUGGUGUUUUAAAACUUUGCAGCCAGGCAAGACAGCCUCACAGGGAUGGUAGGAACAAGUGAUAAUCUGGUGUGAGGAUGGGAAGAAGACAAGAAAUAAGUAAGGGUGGUGACUGAGCCUUCCUUAUUUCAUUGCCCCCAGUCCUCAAGCCACCUUCCUGCCAUCAAGGUCGUGAUGAUGUAUUGUGGCAGGCAGCAUUCCAGGCUUCAGAGUUCCAGAAUGUAUUGUUUAAUGAUGGGGCUAAAUUUGCAGUAAACGAAGGGAUCUGUUAGUAGAGAAACCCUUCAGAUUGGUUAUAUUACGAGCCGUAGAACUGUUACCAUUUUUCUGUUCCCCAGUUGUGCCAUAAAGAGGGGUGUCUGGGUGGAGACUUAGGCUCAGAUGGGGAAACAAACAGCCAAAGUGCCAGUCUCAGUUGGUCUGACAGGUGAAUUUUAGCAGGUCUCUAAACUCAGCUUCUAUAUCUGUAAGACUCUGAAUGAUGCAGAUAGUGGUGGAAAAAACCUUUUAGAAAAUAGAACUUACUGGUUACUCUGCUAGCGUGAUGUAAGUUGCCAAAUGGAAAAUUAAUGAAUGCAAAAUAAAUACAGCUGGAUUGUGUGCCACAUGUUUAUUAUUCAAUAAAUAUUCUGUGGUUUGA